CUAUAAAUACACUUACAUAUCUCCAUCAUUUUCCGUUCUCAUUCAUCCCUCUUUAUUUUCAUUCAAUUCCCGUUCUGUUCAUCUGUUUCGAAUUUUAGUCUCUCGACUCGAUUGCUCCGAAGAAAAAGAAGAAGAAGAAGAUGUUGGCGAUCUUUAACAAGACAAUAGCGCAUCCACCACAGGAGCUGCACAGCCCUGUUUCCUUCCGGAGGAGUGCUAAAAAGCCUGAUCUUCCAGAGGAGAUUCUCAAGGAUUUCCUCUCUUCCCAUUCCGAUAAUGCCUUCUCCAUGUCCUUCAACAAUGCUGCCGUCCUCGCUUAUGUUCGUCAUGACAAAGCCUACUCCCUUCACAGCCAAAGGUUGUUUUGUGGUUACGAUGAGAUUUACUGUGUAUUCCUGGGGAGCUUGAACAAUCUGUGCAGUCUUAUCAGGCAGUAUGGGCUGUCCAAGAACACCAAUGAGGCUAUGCUCGUCAUUGAAGCCUACCGUACCCUUCGAGACAGGGGACCUUACCCUGCUGAUCAGGUCAUCAAGGAGCUCGAUGGUAGCUUCGCCUUUGUCGUCUUUGAUCGCAAGGACGGCACCGUUUUUGCUGCUCUCAGUUCAGAUGGAGGAGUUAAACUGCAUUGGGGGAUCGCAGAGGAUGAUUCGGUGGUAAUUUCUGACGAUUUGGAAGUCAUUAAAACAAGCUGUGGCAAAUCCUUCGCACCUUUCCCGACUGGGUGUAUGUUUCACAGUGAAGGAGGGUUGAUGAGCUUUGAGCAUCCGAUGAAUAAGGUGAAGGCAAUGCCUAGGGUGGAUAGUGAAGGUAUAAUGUGUGGGGCCAACUUCAAGGUUGAUGUACUCUCCAGGAACACUACCAUGCCGCGUGUUGGCAGUGAAGCUAAUUGGGCUGCCUGGAACUCAUGCUAGCAGCCACCAUCCCUGAUCAUACUAUACCCCCACUGUUAAUCCUUCAAUUCUCACCAGAAAACAGGAAAAAUCAGAAACCCCCACCCAAAAAACAAGCCAAAAAAAAAAAACACUGUACAUAUAGCACUUAUCUAGUGUUUUUUUUCCUUUUUUCUAAUGCUUUCUAGUGAGUAGAUGUUGGAAUGCUCCUGCAAGUGUGAGUGUAUCAUUUGAAACAUGAAUAAAAAUCGUCUCUCUCUCCAUGAAA